AUGCCAAUUGGUCUUCUCAGUCAUGCGGAGAUAUGCGCCAAGUUCGACCGACUGGUGUCGAACGGGAUCAUUGCUUAUCAGCCCAGCAAACCGGUCCUUGUUACCGACCAGGGCAUGAUCUUCUGCUUCCAUGUGGUCCAGACCCUGAAGAGCAAGCCACAGGCUGAUGACAAAGUCCACGUCUUGAGCUCGGGCGCAUCCGAGUCGGAUCCUCAUUCGGGAACAUUUGGUCCCGGCAGCGAUCUAGCAAGAGAUCACCCUGAUAUUUUUAUCACCAUCGUCAAUGACACCCAUUAUCUGGUGCACAACAAGUUCCCGGUCUUUCGCCCCAUGCUCCUCCUGCUGACGGUGGACUCGUAUCGGAGGCAACACGAGGCGCUUGAUCGUGAGGACCUCGAUGCCGGGUGGCAGAUGAUCUGUGAGAUGAAAGAGGAACAUUAUGUUUUCUUUAACUGUGGUGUCUUGGCGGGCUCUAGUCGGGCUCAUAAACAUUUGCAGGUGAUUCCUGCACCAGGGGCUGAUGAUAGAUACGGUGAAGGGUUCAAGUUCUUCCCGGAUUAUGAUUCGGUGCCAGAGGAAGGCCCGCCUGGUUUUGUUCAUCUAUUGCAACAAUUUCGGGAUCUGCCGGGUGAUCCUGUCAUAAACAGCGAGCUUGUGCUAGAAAUUUACAUGCGAUUGUUGCGACAGGCUAGAGAAUUGCUCAAUGUGCAAGAGGGUGAUCCAUGUCCGCAUAACUUUAUCUUGACCAAGCGGUGGAUGAUGGUCGUUCCUAGACAAGCAAAAUUAUGUCAUGGAAUUACUGCCAACUCAGCAGCAAUGGUCGGCUCGGUUUACUUGGAUGACCCAAAGCAGCUGGAUGCAUGGAAGGAGGUUGGUCCGAUGAAGGUUCUAGCCAGUCUUGGACUGCCUAGAGAGCAGCUAAAGAAUUAA